GGGUGCACAGAAAUCAUAACACAAAUGGCAGUGGUGAGUACCUCUUCGGCUUCCUCCUGCCUCUCCUCCUCCCCGUUGCCACCGUGUGGCCAGCCGCUAUUCCGGUUGGAAGUGGCGUGAAGCUCGAUCAGGUCGAGAAGGUGCCCUCCAUUCGUGUGAACCUCAGUCAGGGCGAGAAGGUGCCCAUUUGUGCCAUGAUCAAUCAAACAAUAUCGCCUACAGCUGAAAGUCCACUGCCUGCACCCCCGGCUAAGAUCCUGUCCCUAUCUACUAUUUCAGCAGCCCUAUCACAAGUUUGCAAUUGAGACUCUGAUUCAAGUUAACGGGUGCAACCAGAAAUCGUAACAAAGGAAGAAAUGGCUGUGGUGAGUGCCUCUUUGGCUCUCCGCCUCCUGCCUCUCCUCCUCCCUGUCACCACCACCGUGGACAGUACAUCCUUGGACUCCAUUGUCAUUGGCAGGAGCAAUGCUACCAGGAUCAAUCAAACAAUAUCGCCUACAGCGGAAAGGCCCAUGUUUGCACCCCCUGCCAAGGUAACACCUCCGCCCCCAAGUGCUCAGCCUGCACCCCCACCGAAGUUAACACCUAUGACCCCAAGUGAUCUGCCUGCACCUAUUGGGUCAACAAGCAUGGAAGUGAAAUCCUCCUCUGUAAGAAGAGUUGUUGCAAUUUUAGCUCCUGUAGGGUGCUUCAUCUUGCUUACCAUCUUGUUCCUCAUCACCUGCUUUAUAAGUAAACGAAGAACACAGUGGCAUCAUGAGAUGGAGGAGGAGGAAGAGUUUGGGGAGCUAAAAGGAACACCAAUGAGGUUCACAUUUCAACAGCUAAAUGCAGCAACCGAGCAAUUCGCAGACAAGCUCGGGGAAGGAGGAUUUGGGUCUGUUUUCAAGGGUCAAUUUGGUGAUGAAAGGAUUGCAGUAAAACGUUUGGAUCGAGCGGGUCAGGGCACAAGGGAAUUUUCUGCAGAGGUUGAGACAAUUGGCAGCAUUCAUCAUAUUAAUCUUGUGAGAUUGAUUGGUUUUUGUGCAGAGAAAUCACAUAGGCUCUUGGUGUAUGAGUACAUGCCAAAAGGAUCCUUGGACAGAUGGAUCUAUUGUCGACAUGACAAUGAUUCACCUCCUCUACAUUGGAGCACACGGUGCAAGAUUAUCACUAACAUAGCUAAGGGUCUCGCUUAUCUUCAUGAGGAGUGCAUGAAAAAGAUUGCCCAUUUGGAUGUCAAACCACAAAACAUCCUCUUAGAUGAUGACUUCAAUGCUAAACUUUCUGAUUUUGGACUAUGCAAGCUCAUUGACAGGGAUAUGAGUCAAGUGUUUACCAGAAUGAGAGGCACACCUGGAUAUUUAGCUCCUGAAUGGUUGACAUCACAGAUCACGGAAAAGGUCGAUGUCUAUAGCUUUGGUGUUGUGGUCAUGGAAGUCAUCAGCGGAAGAAAGAACCUCGACAAUUCUCGAUCCGAAGAGAGCAUCCAUCUCAUCACCCAAUUGGAGGAAAAGGUGAAGACUAAUCGGUUGGUAGAAUUGAUUGACAAUAAGAGUAACGAUAUGCUAGCACAUAAGCAGGAUGUAAUUGGGAUGAUGAACCUCGCAAUGUGGUGUUUGCAGAUUGACUACAAAAGAAGGCCUAAAAUGUCUGAGGUAGUCAAGGUCUUGAAAGGUGCCAUGAAUGCAGAGAGCAACAUUGAUCAUAACUUCGUUGCAACAAGUCAAGUGUAUUUCGGCGCUGCUGGAAAUGUGGGCUUAUCGGUUCCAUAUCUAGCUUCACAUGUAUCAGGUCCUAGGUGAAAUGAGAAAAUCUUGACAAGAUAGACAAUUAGAUUACGAGCAAGACAUGGGAUAUUCUUAUGUAAAGCAAAUGACAAAUCUAUUGUAUCUUCUCAAAUUACUAUAAUCUGAAGCCCCUUGUCUUGAGUUAAUUUUA